AUGGAGGGAUUACCUGCUGAAUUAAAGAAUAAUUUUGAAGAGAGAACGCCCUUUUCAUUUGAAAAGUUCUGGAGGCCGGAGUAUAAGAAUUUGCUAUCUGGAAAAGUGAAAUACCAAAAUGAAAAACUAGAGGAGGAGAAGAAGAAGAAGAAGAAGAACGGGGAACAAGCUAUAGAAGCUGGCGGUGAUUCUGAUGAUGAUGAAAGUGAGUACUCAAGCUCUGAAGAUGAAGGGCCUGACUCCCUGAUAUUUGAUGAUAUUCCUCUUAGACAUAGCAUAUCGCUCAAUGCUAACCGAGACCGGAAUUACCAGUUCCUGACCGUUAAUACUCCGACACAGAUAAAUGCCAUUACUGUCUGCGAUUCAGGGUUUGUUGUUGGAUUGAACUCACUGGUGGUGAAGCGGUUUGAAUUUUCUCAACUCAAUGGCAACUACUUCCAUGGGUCAGUCCCAGUGGGAAAAAUGAACUCAGCGACUGAGACUGCUCCAGUGUUUGAAACUGCAGCUAAAGUGAAGAGCGUGAAAUACCAACCGGGAACCACGAAUUUCUUGUGCACUACCAACCUUUCAAAAUUUAAGCUCUAUAAUCCUGAACAGAAAAGCACGAUUCCGGUUGAUUUCAGAGGUGGCGACCAAUAUUUAUUUGAUUUAAGAAAUACGAAUGGACAUACUGCCGAUGUCAACGAUGCAGGCUUCAACCACCAAGACACUAAUAUGUUUGCCACUUGUUCAAAUGAUAAAACAGUAAGAGUGUGGGAUAUUGAGAAUUAUCUGAAGUUGAAAAAGUCAGUUGAUUGUAUUGUUCAUUCGAAAAAAUUGAAUAGGGUGAUGUUCUGCAACGAAAAUCCACGAACCGACAUGAAAUCAGGGAUUAUAACGGGUGAUAGUAGUGGGAAGAUUAUCGUAUGGGAUAUCAAAGGGAAAGCGAAGCCAAAAAUAACCAUAGAUACGGGGUUGGAUCAAGUUUCAAGUAUGAGAAUGUCGAACUUGAAUGGGAAUGCUUUGGUUACGAGAGGUACAACAGAUGUGGCAUUGUUUGACUUGCGGAACUAUAAAGCACCAAUAGCCCAGAAAAGCCUAAACAGGAACUCUUCUGGUGAUGCAGCAUUUUAUAAGAACUGUGUUUUCAAUAAUAACGAUAGAUACAUUCUCACGGGUGACGGAUCUGAUCUUGUUGUGCUUGAUGGUGAUAAGUUGGAGGAAAUGAGUAAAAUCACUCUAGAAAACGAGAUCACCAGCAUCGCGAUUGACUACCGUCUUAAUCAACUACUUAUAGCUGAUGUGAAGGGACAGGUAACCUUUGGUUUCAAUGACCACAAUUCAUUCCAGGGGAUUCUAAUGAACUUGUCAAAUCACAGCAUCAAUGUCCUGGCAUUAAAGAGGAAGGCAGAGCAAGACCAAGAGGAAUGGAACAUUGACAGUGCAGAAAAGUUGUAUGCUUAUGAGAAGAAUAAGAAGAAGAAGAAAUGA